AUGGUGCUCAAUUUUUGUGCCUUUAUUUGGCAAAAGAAGCGAAGUGAAACUUCAUCAUGUGGUGACGGCAGCGUGACAAGUGAUGUAUGUGGAAAUUACCAUAUGGCUUAAGUAUUGUGAUUCAGUCAGCCACAACACCGGAUGUGUCAAACUGCUGAUUUAUGGCUUGUGUGCAAAAAAAGAAGAAGCGGCUAAAAUUUUAUUCAGCAAAAAGUGACUGUCUGCACUUGGACAAUGACAGGAACGCUCCUAUUGUGGAUCCUCAUCCUAAAUGCCUCGCUCAAGCACUCAGAAAGCCAUGGACAUGACUUUGAAGAUGUAAAGGACUAUGAGGUGGUUCGACCUGUCAGACUUCACACAGUUAGAAAAAGACAUAUAGAGCAUCUCAGGCCAGAGACUAUUAAGUAUGCAAUGACAGUGGGAGGAAGAGACAUUGAAAUGCAACUAGAAAAAAAUAAUGAAUUACUCACAAAAGACUACACUGAAACUUACUACCAAGAGGAUGGGACUCAAGUCACCACAACUCCGAAUGACUUCGAUCACUGCUACUAUCAUGGGCGCAUUGUGAAUGAUAGCCAAUCAUCUGUUAGCAUCAGCACUUGUGAUGGACUCAGGGGUUACUUCAGAAUGUCUGCCCAGAGGUAUCUGAUUGAGCCGCUGUCUGGUGGAGGGGAUGAGGGGGAUCAUGCGGUGAUGACUUUUGAUAACAAAACCUCAACACCUGCAGUGUGUGGUGUCACCAACACCAGCUGGGAUGCCGACUUCGAACCUCCAACAGGCCGUAGCCGCUCAAGAUCAGGGGGUAUCUCCAUUGUCCAGCAACAGAAAUAUGUUGAGCUCUUCCUUGUUGCUGAUAAUCGUGCGUAUGUGAAGAUGAAGCGAGAUCAGACAGAGCUGAGAAAGAGGAUAUUUGAAAUGGUCAACUUUGUCAACAUGGCAUACAAGCCCCUGAGGACCUUCAUUGCUCUGGUGGGGCUGGAAAUCUGGUCCAAUGGUGACCAGAUUUCUGUGACCCCCCCGGCUGGGGCUAACCUGGAUGCUUUCAUGAAGUGGAGGAACUCUGAGCUGGUGCAAAGGAAAAAGCAUGACAAUGCACAUCUUAUCAGUGGUAUUGACUUUGAAGGCGCAACUGUGGGACUGGCUUACAUUGGGACUCUUUGCUCAGGUCACUCUGUUGGAGUAGUACAGGAUCACAAUGACCGAGCCAUCGCCAUUGGAGCGACACUGGCUCAUGAGAUGGGCCAUAACCUGGGCAUGGAUCAUGAUGACUCAAGCGCCUGUGCUUGUUCUGGUGAUAGCUGCAUCAUGGCUGCAGCACUCAGCUGGAAUAUUCCUCGGACUUUCAGUAGCUGCAGCAGCAACAACUACGAGAAAUACCUGACAAGCCGCAGCCCCAGCUGCCUGCUGGACAAACCAGACUACAGAACGCUGGAGGCUCCUUCAGUCUGCGGGAAUGGUUUUGUGGAGAAAGGCGAACAGUGUGACUGUGGCAGUGUGGAGGAGUGCAUUAACCCAUGCUGCAAUGCCACCACCUGCACCCUGAAGGAGGGAUCUCAGUGUUCUGAAGGCGAGUGCUGUAGCGACUGUAAGAUCUUGCCUCGGUCCAGGGAGUGCCGCGGGCAGCAUGAUGAAUGUGAUCUGGCAGAGUACUGUGAUGGGCAGAGCCCCACCUGUCCUGAGGAUGUCUUUGCUGUGAAUGGCCUCCCAUGCAAUGGUGGCCUGGGAUACUGCUACAACGGCCAGUGUCCACAGAGGCCAAACCAGUGUCUCAAACUAUAUGGAUUAAGUGCUAUAGAGGCCCCUCCAUACUGCUACAACCAUAACACCAGAGGAACCUACUACGCCUUCUGCAGACGUACCUCCAACCAGUACUUCCCCUGCCAGCAACAAGACGUGUUUUGUGGGAAGCUGUUCUGCCAAAGCGGUAGUGACAACCCAAACUAUGGCCGCAUGGUCAGGGUCAGUGACUGCAAGGCAGCUUUCUUUGAAGACUACACCCAGGACUAUGGGCAGGUGGACACUGGGACUAAAUGUGGGGAUGGAAAGGUGUGCAGCCAGAAUGAGUGUGUGGAGCUUGACACAGCGUACAGAAAUACAAACUGUUCAGCAAAAUGCGGAAGCCAUGCUGUGUGCAAUCACAGAAGUGAGUGUCAGUGUGAGCCUGGUUGGAUGCCUCCUCACUGCAAUGUGAACGAUGGAGCUUCCGGUUCUCUUUCUACUGGAGCCGCUAUUGCCAUCGCAGUGACAGUUAUACUAGUGGUUUUAGGUGCCAUUGCUGGUGUGGUAGGAUUCAUUUGGAAAAAACGACAAAGUCCCAUGUUGCCAACGGCACACACCCCGAGGAAGCAGCCAAUAGUGGCCAGCUCCACGCCACACCGCCUGAAUAAAGGACCAGUUCCUAGUCAACCCAUGCCAAUGCAGGCUGGAAGACCAAAACCCAAACUAGCUCCACCUCCGCCACCUCCGGCAGGCAACAGACCGAAACCUCCAGGCCAGAACUACACAGCUGCACGCCAGGCUCUGAGGCCAGUACCUCCACCAAAGGUCUGACUCACCUAAGUCCAUUGUCCCCAACGAGAGGCUGCUGGUAAUCCGGACAAGUUUCUAUUAAAGACUGCAGUUUUCUUUACUGCAGUGCUGUCUGAAGCAUGAUGGAGUGUUCGUACCAGUUACGUGCAGAGUGCAGGAGGGACAACAAGAGACUUUAAACUGUUACUUACAUGCCAUGCACUUAGGACUUGUUAUUACAGGGAUGAACUUUGGGUUUUUUUAAGGCACUUUUUUAUACUAUUGGGUGAGUGCAACUAGAAACUGCUCUGGCCCUGAAUGUGAGCCAUAUCAUUUUAUACAUGUUAUUACGUUAUUUUGUCACAUGGUACAGAAUAUAUAAGAGUAUUCAGAGACUGCAGUAAUUUGUUAAUAUUUUACUGUAUGUUGUAUUUUUAAGCCUAAAAGAUAUCCUAAACUGCUUUGAUUAA